AUGUCGACGGAGAUUCAGGAAGCGAAGGAAGCGACGGCACUGGACGUGGAUCCUCCUUCUGUAGAGGCCCCUGCUCCUGUGGCUGUUCCGCCAGAGCCAGCAGCAACGGCUCCAGCGGAUCCUACAUCUUUGAACGGCUGUUGGAUUUUGGACAAGUCCAAAGGCGAAUGGUCGAUGCGUGGUUACUUGGAAGCCAUGGGUGUGAACGAAUUCUGCAUUCAAAUGCACGAACGGGGAGAACAAAAGUUUGACAUCUUUCACACUAUUCAGUUCACCACCAACAGCAACAACAAGCGCGUCAAAAUCAUCAAACGAGGACGCGCCGAUGUGGUCGUAAAUCUGCCUUUGGGAGAGGAAGUGGAGGAUUAUUUGCCACCGGACUUCCGUCUCUUGACAUCACUCGCCACUUCCGACGACAAUACGCGUCAGUAUUUGAAGAUUGAGAGCUCUUGUUGGACGGUGAAUGGACUUAUCAAAGUCACGGAAAACUUUGAGUUUCAACCACAAGCGCAACCAGAAGGAGCUAGCAAUGCGGCGGAUGGUACUGGUAGUAGUAGCAGCAGCGGUGGUGUCAUGAUGGUACAGACAAUCACCUCUGUCCAUGAACGAACUGGAAAUACAAAUACCACGACACGAUACUUCAUUCCCUACCAUGGGACUCCACCUCAUCAAGUCAUGUGA